CGGGGAAUAGCGAAAGGAAGUGGCCUUCGGGGCGCGGGGAAGGUGGUGGAAUAGUCGGGUUGCUUUAGAGUCCAAGGUUAUAGACACAGGAGGCAAUGCAUCUGACGUGGCUCAUAAGUGCUGCCCUUUUGGGACUGGCAACCUGUGUGCCCAUUGAACGUCCCAAGGAGAAACAAGAGGAAGAAACUCCCCCGGAACCGUCAGACACAGGCCUUUUUUACCACCGCUACCUUCAGGAAGUCAUCAACGUGUUGGAAACGGAUGGGCACUUCCGAGAGAAGCUCCAGGCAGCCAAUGCUGAGGACAUCAAGAGUGGGAAACUGAGCAAAGAGCUGGAUUUUGUCAGCCACCACGUCCGCACCAAACUGGAUGAACUGAAGCGUCAGGAAGUGUCCCGGCUCCGGAUGCUUUUGAAGGCCAAGAUGGAUGCCAACAUGGAACAAGAUGUUCAGAUCGAUCACCGGAAUUUACUGAAGCAGUUUGAACAUCUAGACCCUCAAAACCAGCACACGUUCGAAGCGCGAGACUUGGAGUUGCUUAUUCAGACUGCUACUAAGCACCUAGAGAACUUCGAUGCGGACCACCACAAUGAGUUCAAGCGCUAUGAGAUGAUGAAGGAACAUGAGCGGCGAGAGUACCUGAAGUCUCUGGAUGAGGAGAAGCGUCGUGAGGAGGAAGCGCGUUUCGAGGAGCUCAAGAAGAAACACAAAGAGCACCCGAAAGUCAAUGCCCCAGGAAGUCAAGAUCAACUCAAGGAGGUCUGGCAGGAGACCGAUGGCUUAGACCCCAAUGAGUUCGACCCCAAGACCUUCUUCAACUUGCAUGAUACCAACAGCGAUGGGGUCUUGGACGAGCAGGAGUUAGAGGCUCUUUUCACCAAGGAGCUGGAGAAAGUGUAUGAUCCCCGUAACGAGGAAGAUGACAUGCUAGAAAUGGAAGAAGAGCGACUGCGCAUGCGUGAGCAUGUAAUGAAAAAUGUGGAUCUUAAUAAGGACAGGCUGGUGAACCUGGAUGAGUUUCUCAAAUCUACGCAGAGGAAGGAUUUUAAUGAAGCUGAUGGAUGGAAGACAGUGGAAGAAACGCAGGUCUAUUCCGAGGCAGAGCUUCAGCGCUUUGAGGCAGAGUUAGUGGCCCAGGAGACGGAGCUAGGCCGGCGUGCAGAGCAGCUCCGCCGCCAGCAUGAAGAACUUCAGCAGCGGCAAGUGCAGCUCGAUGCCCAGAAGAAGGAGUAUCAGCAGGCUGUGCUCCAAAUGGAACAGAGGAAAUCCCAGCCUCAGCCUGAGCAAGGACAUCCAGCUGGACCAGGGGGUGAGCUGAAGUUUCAAGCGCAGCCUCCCCAUGCAGCCCCAGGAGACCACCAGUUUUUGCCUGAUUCCCAUCCUGGAGCGCCAGACCAUGCUCCUCAACAGAACCAAGUAGAACCUUCUCGGAGCCAACAGCACCCUGAAGUUGAGAUCCAGUAGAACGCUGGAGCAGGAAGGGAGUUGUUGAAGCCUUACUAUUCAGGGACUGCUGUUUGGGAAAUAAUUAAGAGAGUGUGCCCCCCCUCACCUGCAGCCUGAAAUGGUACAGCCCAUUUUAACUCCUCAGAAUUCUGUCACUUCAUUUUUCUGUAAUAUCUAAUCGAGACCUGUGGCAGAGCGAAAAUCUUGAACGAUGGGAGGAGCUUAUUAAAAACUCUCCACCUUUUUUUUUUACUGAACAGGGCUCUGUCCCUCCUACCUAACCAGAAUAAACCUCUGAGGGAGCCCAGGAUGGGGCUCUAAUGAGGGAGGUGGGGGCGUGUUUGCCAUUUAGAAGGGGAGGGGGGAGGUGAAGUGACCCCCUCUGCCCUGAAUGUCGCCCUUGGGUUCUGAAUGCUUGAGGAAAAUAAAAGGUGGGAGGUAUGAAGUUGCUAUUCAGUAUUCUGUGCUGUGCCUCCUUCCUCCUCCCCUGACUUUGACUUCUCAUAAUGGAAUUGCAGUGUUGCACCUUUUAAAAAUACAGAGCCAUGGAACAGCUGAAAUUUGGCUGUGGUUUUUGGAAUUAUUUGAGUCCUUUUUAUUUAAUAAAGUUGUAACACCCCA